GAUUUAGAAAGAGCCCACAUGGGUCUGGGUCAGUGUGCACUGGGGCAUUGGGUCCUGUACUGGUCUGUACUGGUCCAUACUGGUCCAUACUGGUCCGUACUGGUCUAUACUGGUCCGUACUGGUCCAUACUGGUCUGUACUGGUCCGUACUGGUCUGUACUGGUCCAUACCGGUCCAUACGGGUCCGUACUGGUCCGUACUGGUCCCUACUGGUCUGUAUUGGUCCAUACUGGUCUGUACUGGUCCAUACUGGUCCAUACUGGUCCAUACUGGUCUGUCCCGGUUCCGCAGCCGGACGGGCUGGUGCUGCAAUGGGAACCGCUGGAGCAGCCGUGGGACCCCCCCGGUGACACCGCCGCCCCCCCCGUUGCCGAGGAGCCCCCCGACCCCGGUUACGAGCCCGAUUGGGCCGUGCUGAGCCCCCCCCAGCGCCCCCCCCGGCCCCCAGGCUGGCGGGGCGGGUUCCGGCUGGCGCUGCGGGAGCUGCGGGGGCUGCGCCGCGGCCCCCCCGGGCUGGGCCCCCCCUUCCUGCUGCUGCUGCCGCGGGACGGGCCCUGUGUCCCCCCCCUGCACUUCCCGCGGGGGGGGCACCGGAACCUGCUCAGGCUGCUGGGCCCCCACCUGCACCCGUGCCCCCGGGACCCCCGGCUGCUGCUGGUGACCCCCCCCCAGGACCCCCCCCAGCCCCCCUCCCCCGGCCUCGUCACCCGGCUGCUGCAGGGCCCCGUGGGGGGGCUGAGCCGGCUCCUGGGGGGGCCCCGAGGCCACGCCCCCCGGCAGGAGGGGGCGGAGCUGGAGGCGGAGCCAGAUUUCGAGGUCAUCACCUGUGUGAGGCUGGGGCCCCGCCCCGCCCCCCCGCGGGGGCCGCCAGUGACGCCAGAGGAGUGGGGGCGGAGUUUCGACAGCGAGGGGCGGAGCCUGGACCCCCAGGGGCUGCUGCUGCGGAUCUUCCGGGGGGGGCUGAGCCCGGAGCUGCGGCCCGAGGGCUGGAGGCGGCUGCUGGGGCUGCGGGGCUGGGGGGACCCCCCGAAACCCGACGGGGAGCAGAGGUCGGGGUACACGCGGAUGCAGCUGCAGUGGCGCUCGCUCAGCCCGGGGCAGCUGCGCAGGAACCGCCUGCUCAGCACCUACAGGAGGCGCCUGGAGCGGGACCUGGGGCGCUGCCCCCCCCACGGCCCCCCCCGGGCGCUGCUGCGGGACGUGCUCAUGACCCACUGCAUGUUCCACUUCGACCUGGGGUACGUGCGGGGGAUGGGCGAGGUCCUGGCCCCCCUGCUGGGGGUCACCCCCCUGGAGCACGAGGCCUUUUGGGGGUUCUGCAGCAUCAUGGAGAUGGUGGGGAGCAGCUUUGGGCCGGGCCGGGCGGGAAUGGGGCGGGUGGUACAGCCCGAGCUGGGGGAGGACAUGGGGUGCAGGGGGGUGUCCCGGUGCUGCCGGCGGUGGCUGCAGCUGCGGUUCCAGCCCUGGCUGGGGACAGAGGGGACACGGCGGGUCUGGGAGGUGCUGUGGACGGGUCUCCCGUGCCCCAACUUCCACCUGCUGCUGGUGUUUGUCCUGCUGGAGGUGACACGGGACGUGUCCCCAGCGCACGGGGACCCCCCGGGGGCCCCCCCAGGGGACGGUGACAGUGACAGCGACAGCGACAGUGACAGUGACGAGGUCCCCGCGGUGCCGCUGGAUGCGGAGCGGGUGCUGAGCGCCGCCGAGGGGCUGUUCCUGCAGCUGCGGGGGGCGCCGGAUCUGCCCCCGGCGCUGCGGGAGCUGCUGGGAAUGGGGAGCCCCCCCCUUGCCCCCCCCCGGACGCCGGGGUCCCCCCCACGGAACCUUAAUGGGGGGGGGUCCUUCCCCCCCGGACGCCUGGGUCCCCUCGAGGGGUCCCCCCGGACGCCUGGGUCCCCUCGCCCCCCCCCCCCCCCAACCCCCAAAUAAAGACGUUUUUGUUCA